AUGCGUCUACCACACGGGAUUAGCGCGGAUCAUGUUUGGAUUUAUUUUAUUACAAGAGUAUGCUGCUUCCUGAGGACGCCGCCUUGUGUGCACUGCGAUAUAUUCGUGAGCCUAUACACACUACAUACAAGUAAACAGCGGCAGCUGCAAGCGAUGAAGCGCCGGAGCUCCCCCAUGGCAGCAGCUGUCGCCAUCUUGAUCCUCUCCGCCAUGGCCAUAGUGUCUGCAGCUGCAGCAAAUGUCGAGCACACGUUCCUGGUGAGCCAGGUAAAUAUGACGCACUUGUGCAACGAGAUGCUGGUCACAGUGGUGAACGGGCAGCUUCCGGGGCCGACGAUAGAGGUCACUGAGGGAGACUCGGUGACCAUUCAUGUUAUCAACAGGUCGCCCUACAACAUUACAAUCCAUUGGCAUGGAGUGUUGCAGCUGCUAAACUGUUGGAACGACGGGGUGCCGAUGAUCACACAACGCCCCAUCCAGCCAAACCACAACUUCACCUACCAGUUCGACGUUGCCGGGCAGGUAGGCACCCUGUGGUGGCAUGCUCAUGACGCCUUCCUCCGGGCAACCGUGCACGGCGCUUUGGUCAUAUGGCCCAGAGACGGCACAGGCUCCUAUCCGUUUCCUAAGCCUCACAUGGAGGUCCCAAUUAUCAUAGGGGAGUGGUGGGAGAAGGACCUUGCACAGUUGGACAGGAACUUUAGUAAGGGUUACCUUGAUGAAUUCUCGAGUGGGUCCACAAUCAACGGCAAGCUUGGAGAUCUCUUCAAUUGCUCCGGCGUGUUGGAAGAUGGCUACGUGCUGGACGUGGAGCCUGGCAAGACGUACCUGCUGCGAUUAAUCAAUGCGGCGCUCUUCUCCGAGUACUUCCUCAAGAUCGCCGGCCACAAGUUCAUGGUGGUCGCCAGCGAUGCCAACUACGUCAACCCCUACACCACGGACGUCAUCGUGAUCGCGCCAGGUGAGACGGUGGACGCCAUUGUCAUUGCUGACGCGGCCCCCGGCAGGUACUACAUGGUCGCCCUGCCCAUCCAAGCGCCUCCGCCCGACCUGCAGACGCCCGAGUACACCACCAGAGGGAUGGUUGAGUACAGCAGCGUCAAUACCUCAAGGCGUGACGAUGUUCCUGCCGCAGCGCCUGAGAUGCCUAACCAGCAUGACACGAUCAAGUCUUUCUACUUCCACGGCAACCUGAGCAGCCUUCGCCAAGAGCAGCGCGCGCAGGUGCCGGUGCGUGCCGAUGAGCACCUCUUCAUCACGCUCGGCUUGGGCUCCAUCUGCCGGGGAAAUGGCCAGUCCUGCAAGAGGGGGGGCAAUCUGGAGAGCAUGCUGGUGGCCAACAUGAACAACAUCUCCUUCCAUCUCCCGGCUGCGAUGACUACUCCGUUCCUCCAAGCGCACUACUACGGCUGCGCCCCCGCAGGCACGGGCAUGAGGGAGCUUGCUGACCGGCCGCCAAGGGCGUUUAACUACACCGACGGCGCCCUUAUCACGUUCGGGCCCGAGGAGAUGCUGCUGGAGCCGACGUCCAGGGCAACUGUGGUGCGGCGGUUCAGGCACGGCACAGCGGUGGACGUGGUGUUCCAAGGCACGGCGAUGCUUCAGGGCGAUUCCAACCCGAUGCACCUGCACGGCCAUGACAUGUUCGUGCUCGCGCAGGGGCUCGGCAACUACGACGCUGCCAGGGAUUCGGCGAGGUACAACCUAGUGAACCCGCCCAGGAAGAACACCGUCCUCGUCCCUAGUCUUGGGUGGGCAGCCGUUCGAUUCGUGGCAGACAAUCCAGGAACAUGGCUCAUACAUUGCCACUAUGAGUUCCAUUUGUCGAUGGGCAUGGCUGCAGUAUUCAUUGUAGAGGAUGGGCCAACAGUGGAUACGUCCCUCCCUCCACCGCCUCGGUAUUUCUUGGACGCGUCGACUUCUGUGAGCAGCAGCUCCUCCUCUGGCGGGCAGCAGCUCUUCAAUUCUGUCUCUGCACACUGCACAACACCUACUAAUAAUACUGAUCCCAGUAAGGCUGCUCAUAGUGGAUAG